AUGAAGUUGUUCGGAACACUCGUGCCGUUGGGCAUGAUCGUCGCAGGUGUUGACGCUGCUUUUUGGAACCCAUUCAUUCGGAGCCCUGAUGUUUGUUAUAAUGCUGUUGCGCAGCCCAACAAUAAGCAGCGUACCUCUGACUGCAAGUCGUUUCUUCUCACUACAGUGACUCCCAAGAAGACCACCAUUUACAAGACAACUACAAUCACCAAGAAGACCCCGACCGUUACAAAGUCAAUCACCGUCACCAGCACCUCAUCCGCCGUCGCUACCAGCGUCAGCUCCGUCGUGCAGACCAUCACAGACAACAUCGUCGUGACACGGACCGUGGAGCACACCGAGUUCGUCACCCAGGAGGCCGUAACGACGAUCACAGCCCAAGGUGCCGACCCCAACCCGCCUUUUAAGCAUAAACGCUCUGUCCCUCGCAUCCCAGGAUAUCUUGACAACAUAUGCACCAACUCCGCCCAGUACUCGUCGGCUUGCUCCCGCAUCGGUGUCACCGCCAAGACAGUCAACGCUCCUCGCGUGACUGUCGUGUCUAGGAUCGUCCACGUCAAGAUCCCACGUGCCAGCACCUCCAGGACGACUGUCAGCACCACCUGGGUCACCCAGACGGUGAAGACCACCGUCGUCUUCAAGACUUACAGCACCGAAGAAGUCACCAAGACUGUGGAUGUCGUCACUGACGAUGUCACUAUCGCUACCAAGACCGUCACCGACUUCACCACAAAGACCGAAACGGCCGAGCCGCUCCAGACAGUCCGGCUGCUUGCAAUCGGAAGCACCGAUCCCAGUCUAGCAGUUUCAGGCGGGCUAGGCUUUUCAGUCCUUGAGUCCAACCAAGGCAGCACCACCAACUUCUACGUGGACUUGAAAGCUGAUCCCACAACCACUCAGUUAUUUACAAUACAUAAGGGAACUGGCGAAGUGAAAGCGGUCAACGGACCAGGCGGUGCGGCUGGCCAGUCUGCUUCGUACAAUUUCUACCCCGGGAGUGGAAACCCUUAUGGCUCUGUCAUGAUCCAGGGCAAGGGUGCGCCGCCAUUGGUUUGUAAGGCCGCAGAUGGGGCGGGAUAUCAAUAUCUGCAGUGCAAGUUCGGCAGCAACCAGAUUGCUGAUUUUUGGACAUGCAAGCAGCGUUUGAUAAUGGUCUACCCAGGGUAUGACUUAUCACGCUGUUUUAUGGAUGGCCAGGGUUAUACGGGAUAUAAGAUUCCUCUGAUACAGAUCACAGCUAACUAA